AUGUCAAGUGUGAUGAUGACAACUACGAGCUAUGAUAUCCGUGAGACGAAUCCACCAAUCGGUGGACAGUCGUCGUCAUCGGCUACAACAGUGCUGACGAACGGACUGACCACCGCUGCUGCUAAUGUUAAAAACAACAAUAUCUACCGAAACGAGUCGCCAAAACGUAUAGACUAUGUACUAGUCUAUCGUACGAAACUUGAUGACCACCAGUUGUCACAGUCAUCGUCGGUGUCUUGUAUGGCAAAUGCCAGACAGAUAUUCGAGUCCAAUCUGAUCGACGAAGGCCUUGUACUGGAACGGGCCGACAGUUCCGGUACCGGUGAGUACACCUAUGUCCAUGUGUUUGCUCCGUGGCCACUGUUGACCCGAUAUGCCGAAGUAAUGAAACUACGGAUGCCGAUGAAAACAAUUAAGUCAAAUAUGCGGGAACUGUUCGAUGAAGAGUACGGUACGGAUCAGAUGGUAUUUACGGCUCCCUAUACUCGGGACAAGGAAUACUUGUUCGACAUACCGGUGCCCGACAGGGACCGAUUUUUUACGGUCAGCCAAAGAGCCCAGAUUGUCGAGUUUAUAUUGAAACGGAAAAGUUUUGUCUGCAACGCUACCGAUGUUUUCAGUGUCGGCAUCAGUAAACUGAUCAACGAUAACGUCUAUUUAGCCGCUUAUCCAUUACAUGAAGGCAAACUUAACGAAGAUAUCGACUCUAAACGGUCGCAUCUGAUCGACGACUGGGCAUCGCUGUCAUCCCUACUCAAGUCUCAACCAUUGGAAAGGAUAGUCGACUAUUUUGGCGUCAAAACAGCCAUGUAUUUUGCAUGGAUCGGCUUCUACACCCGUAUGCUGGUACCGGCCUCUGUUAUCGGCCUAAUAUGUUUCAUCUAUUCGGUGGCCACACUCGACCGCGAUCAGCCAACUAGACAACUAUGUCAGGACCGUACCGGUCGCUAUAUGUGUCCGACUUGCCGACACUGUAACUAUACACUACUGGCCCAGUCGUGCAGUUUUAUGCGCGGCUCCUACCUAAUGGACAAUCCGUCGACCAUUGUAUUCGCCAUAUUCAUGAGCCUAUGGGCUACUGUUUUCCUGGAAAUGUGGAAACGCUAUUCGGCUAAGAUUUCAUACAAAUGGGAUUUAUCUGAAUUUGACGCUCACGAGGAAUAUCCACGACCCGAAUAUCUUGCCCGCUUAGCCAACCGUAAGGCCAAACGUAUACUGAAUGUCAUAACACGAAUGGAGGAACCGUACAUACCGUUUCUCAGAGGCAAACUGCCCCACAUAAUCAUAUCGUCAUCGCUGGUCCUAUUAUGUAUCUGUUUGGCUAUAGCUAUCAUGAUAUCCGUGAUAGCCUAUCGGGUAUCGGCACGUAUAGUACUCAAUACAUGGUCGCAGCGAUCGGAUUUCCUACAGAAUUACGGCUCAAUUAUUACAUCAUCGACGGCUGCCCUAAUCAAUCUGUUAUGUAUACUAGUUUUGGACCGACUGUAUGCCCGACUGGCCUACUAUCUGACCGAACGGGAACUGCCCAGAACUCAGUUCGAGUUUGACAAUUCGCUGACAUUGAAGAUGUUUUUGUUUCAAUUUGUUAACUACUAUUCCUCUAUAUUCUACAUAGCCUUUGUUAAGGGCCGAUUUGACGGCCAAGAGGGUCGGGCUAGUAAUUGGUUUGCCGAGGAAUGUCCAAUGGGCGGCUGUUUUCUAGAUCUGGCCAUACAGUUGGCCAUCAUUAUGGUUGGCAAACAAGCAGUGGGUGCUGUCCUCGAAAUACUGAUGCCAAUGGCCACCAGAUUCUAUAACAAAUGGAAAUAUACUCAGAGUAUUACCACCAAAUGCGGUGGUAGUGGUGGUGGCGGCGGUACCGGUGGUUCAAGUGUACUACUGUCCCAAUGGGAAGAGGAUUUCCUGCUUGAGUCAUGGGAACCGACAUCCUUGUUCUACGAAUAUCUUGAACUGGUCCUACAGUUUGGUUUUGUAACCAUUUUUGUUUCAGCAUUUCCGUUGGCGCCGUUGUUUGCACUGAUCAACAACUUCUUCGAGAUCCGAUUGGAUGCCAAAAAAAUUGUCACUGACUUCAAGAGACCAGUAGCCCAACGAGUCAAAAGUAUCGGCAUUUGGUACCGAAUACUGGACGCCAUCGCCAAGUUGUCGGUAAUAACCAAUGCAAUGAUCAUUGCCUUUACCACCAGUUUUGUACCCCGACUACUCUACUAUAUUGAAAACGGCAAUUACGAUAACUAUCUAAACUCGACACUGACAAUGGUCACUGUUAGCCAGGCCGACGCCCGGCUAAUCGGAUCAUCCUAUUGUGUUAAAGUCAAUUAUUACGACUCGGCCGCCGCUGCCACCACUGACCCGACCAUCAUCGGUAGUUACGGUGCUGAUGGUGACCAUCAGUACUAUUGGCGACUGAUGGUCGCACGGCUAGCAUUUGUUGUCCUAUUUGAAAAUGUUAUCGUUUUGCUAACAUCGCUAAUGAGAUGCCUGAUACCGGACGUACCGAAAAACUUGAGACACCAGAUACGGCUGCACUCCUAUCUGACCAAUGAGUUGAUUAUGAGACACGAUCUGAUUGUUGCCAAACACAUCCAUUGCCGCGACUGACUGACUGACCGACUGAAUGGAUCAGAUGAUG